CGGGAGGCCGAGAAAGCUUCUCCGAAGCUCCUCUCGCUGUGAGGAAUCCGUGGCCAUUUGGUUCAAGCCAUUCUGGCUCCAGCUCUGUUUUGGCUGAAGGCCGCCAGCUCUCGCUACCCCCGGGCGGACGCAGCAGACGUCAGGCAGCCGAGCGCGAUGGUCGCCCUGCUGCUUCUGCGAGCGGCGGCCCUCGCCGCCGUGGCGGCGGCGCGCUCGCCCCGCGAUGCGGGGCAUGCUCCCCCGAGUGGCAGCAGCAUGGCCCUGAACAUCUCCUGCGGGGCGGGCAUGCUGGCGUUCGUGGCGCUCGGCCUCUACGUGUGCUACAAGUGCGGCAUGUUCGACAAGGGAACGGCCUCGCGCGCCGCGGAGGGCGUGCCCCAGGCGAGCCCAACGGUGUUGGGGAUUCCCUUUGGGCGAGAGCUGUUUGACAAGCUGUUCUUGCCAGCGGUGGUCGCAAAUGAGCCCAUGUGCGUCGUCUGCCUGUUGCCCGUUGGGCCUACCUCUCUCUGUCGCCGCCUGGGCUGCGAGCAUGUUUUUCAUCCCGACUGCAUCGAUGGUUGGUGGCUGCAGACGAGUGAUGUCACGUUCAAGUGCCCCGUCUGUAGACGGACCCAUGUUCCCAGCGCCACCCCGUGACAGCAUCUGAGUACCGAGGAAGCGAGGCAGCCUGUGUCUGACAGCACAUGCUCAAAUGUUUAAAAUUUAUAGUUUCUCAGCAGCGUGUGGUGCCUUCGCCGACACGUAUGACGUGUAGUCUGGGCGCGCGUUGAGUUUGCAUGUCACGUUGCAAAGUAUGAGUUCGGUGCGCUCUGUUGUUCAUGCCGGGUUUUGCUUGUGUGCGUGUGGUUGAGAAUGUGUGUGUGUGUGUGUGUGUGUGUGUCUGCUCGUAUAUGUGCAUUGCGCGUUCGGCCGCUAGCCUUGCCGUUUGAUUUUGUCUGCGUAAAUCACAGACGUUACUACACCCGCUGUGUAUUCCGCUGUUGGGCAAUGAGUGGGAUACCAUCAAGACACCCGAGCAAGUGCCUUGUCUAUCUCAAUGGUGUAGUUCUGUACAGUUUUGCUGUAGAUCUUGCGAGAUCGGCGAGAUCGAAAUGUUCCUUGGAGAGGGCAUCCUCUGAGUAUGAUGCGGAAGCUGGUCGGGCAAUCACGGGGAGUCCGUCGCGACAUCUGAGCCAAGCCAUUAGCCGUUUCAAGCUUACAGUUCUGUGCCUCCGUAUUUUAGAUCGGGAGCGCUCGUCAUGUCCCCUGGGGACGGAUGAGUCCAGAUGAUCCCCUUGGAGAGGGGCGAUCUAUGAGCGCCUGAUUUGUCCUGGUGGCCGGGACAGCUUACACCAUAGGGGCGGCGAGAAUCGGAAGAGUAUUCUUUCCUGGAGGAGCGGUC